CUUUCAGAUGGGUGAGGUUAGCGAGAAAGCUCCAAAAGUGCCAAUCCCAGGCAAAAGAAAUAUCCUAAUCACUAGUGCGCUGCCUUACGUCAACAACGUCCCUCACCUCGGCAAUAUCAUCGGCUGUGUGUUGAGUGCCGAUGUGUUUGCUCGGUAUUGUAGGCUCAGAGGCUACAAUGCCAUAUACAUAUGCGGAACGGAUGAGUACGGGACAGCCACUGAGACGAAAGCCUUGGAGGAGAAUUCUACUCCGCAACAAAUAUGUGACAAAUAUCAUGAAAUCCAUAAACAAGUCUAUCAAUGGUUUGACAUAAGUUUUGAUAAGUUUGGACGGACAUCCACUCCUCAACAAACUGAGGUUUGCCAGUCCAUUUUCAAGAAACUAUUAGAGAACAACUGGCUUACUGAGAAUACAAUGCAGCAGCCUUACUGUGAUACAUGCAAAAAGUUUUUAGCUGACCGCCUUGUAGAGGGUACCUGUCCAACACCAGGUUGUAACUAUGAUUCUGCACGAGGAGAUCAAUGUGAAAAGUGCGGGAAGCUUUUAAAUCCUACAGAACUGAAGGAGCCAAGAUGCAAGGUUCACUUUUGCUAUCUCAGCCUGUGUGAGUUAUUCUCUUUUCUUUUCUUCGUAUUGAUUUCCCUUAUGAAUAUGGUCCGUUUCUCCUCUAAUGGCUUUGAGCUAAAGGCUAUAUUACAACACAUUAUCAGCACACUCAAUCUCGGUGAACGUCGUACAGCGAGUGAGCGAGGUCCGGCGGUCGCGGCUGCUGCUGGGUCUGGCAGUCGCGGCUGGGUCCGGCGGUCGCGGCGGUCGCGGCUGCUGGUGGUUCCGGCGGUCGCGGCUGCUGCUGUGUCCGGCGGUCGCGGCUGCUGCUGUGUCCAGCGGUCGCGGCUGCUGCUGUGUCCAGCGGUCGCGGCUGCUGCUGUUUACUUAGUUCUGUUCCAGAUGACUGCUGCUGCUUAG